AGCGAGCUGGAGCGCAGCAGCGACCCGGGACUGGACAGCUGUGAUCCGGCUGGCAGCCUGACGAAGCUCCGCUGAAGCAAAACAUCAUCCGCGGCUCUCAGACGGGUUUUUUUUAUGGAGGCUGUUCUCAGCUACAAGCCGGAGGACUUGGAGGAUUACUACGGGUUGCUGGGCUGCGAUGAACUCUCGUCGACUGAACAGAUUCUUAAUGAAUACAAGAUCCGAGCCUUGACAUGUCAUCCAGACAAACACCAGGACAACCCAAGAGCAGUUGCAGAUUUUCAAAAGCUGCAGGAAGCCAAAGAAGUUUUAUGCGACGAAGGCAAAAGGAAAAACUACGACUUGUGGAAAAGAAGCAGAGUUGCGAUGACGUUUCGUGACUGGCAGGGGCUGAAAGACUCUGUCAAAAUGUCGAUGCACUGGGCUGUGAGGGAUAAGAAGGAGCCCAUGUUGGAGAGCUCUCAGCCAGAAGUCCCGGUCGGCCCGCAGGCAGAGGAUCGGACCUGCGCACAGGAAGCCUCGUGUGAAGGAGCGGCGCCUUCAGGCGACUACUGCCACCGACGUUUCCGCUGGGCGGCCGACUCCCCGUCCAGCCUCCUGCAGAAGUUCCGGAAUUAUGAAAUCUAGAGUUCAGUAAAGAGAUGGACAACGUUUCAAAGUGUGUGAUUUGUUGCUGUUACGAGUUUUCAUUAUAGAGGCUUUCUUGUUAAAUGUCCAGGACGAAGUGUGUAAGACUUUGCCAAACUUAAAGUAGCAGUUAUGUGUUUCAUUAUGUGACGUAUUCAUCCUGCUCUUACUUGAUGCUGCUUUCUUUUCGAUGCACAGCACAAAUAACAUCUAUGUGACCAUGUCUGAUAACAGAUCUGAUACUGGAGAUGAUUUAAAGGUGAAACAUGCUUGUUCGCUCUGCUCAUGAGGGCCACACAAGAUAAAAUUGCCAAGAUCAUUACUGUACCCCAAUUUAAAGACCAUUCAGUUCACAGUUUCCGUUUGGCUUCGCUGUAGCUGAAUCUCUCUUGAUGCCUUUGUUAGCUUUGUUUUUUGUGACCAAAGAACCCAGUAAACGACAACGUUUUGCUGUACUUGUGUGAUUAAUUUACCAGUUUUGAAUUAUGUGUCAUGUAAUAUUAAACUGUAAGUGGGUUUCAGGGUCAGGAAUUGGAUUUGUUUCUCACUGUUCAGUGACUGGUGUUUCUUCGAUUUGAUUUGUGACUUGUUAGUGGUAUAAUAGGUGACUUCAUGAAAACAGUUAUGACUGAAUAAAGAAUCCUC